AUCAAGUUAUCAGAACAGCUCUGAGUAGCUUCUUCUGAAACGCAGUUCGCGCUACUUCCUUAUCAGUCACUUGCUACGUGACUUAAAUUACAUUUAUAUAUGUGUUGAUCCGCGUUUAUGUAGGCGCAUCUGUGAAUCACAUAAAAUCCCAUUUUUGUUUUUAAGGAAUCCAUAUUCUCAAACAAAGAACAGCAGUGAAAUGUGCCUAAUCAUCUACCUUUGCAUGCUGACUGUUGUAAUAGGCACGUCAGCAUCUUCUUUGACUAAUCGGUUGGAGCUCACACAUCCACGACAAGCUCUAAGGCCGGAUGUACAAGCGCACUUAGACGGGCUUUCAUCGGAAAAAUGGCAGGAGCUCGUAAGUUCAGGCUUGGACUCGAUCAACAGACAAAAAAGACUGGAGGAAAAUCUUCUCAGAUCAGAUAUUACUGUCCGAAACGGAAGUCUCUCACAUGUGCAGCUUCUGGACACAUUGCCCAACAACGCAUCAAAGGAAGACAGCGAAAUUGCCCUAAAGAUCCUCAAGUCUAGUCUGUUCGUCUAUAACACCCAGUGUCUGCCCCAUGAGAUUGAAGGUGACGAGUGUCGAACAUAUCUGGAAAACAAGCCACUCCCUGAAGGAAGCGUUCUUCGAUCCGAAUGUCUUAAGCUGCUGAAAAGCAAAAGGUACGGUCAUCAUGCAUACAGGAGGCUGCUUGUCCACCACUACAAGAACGGAUUCUAUGAGAUUUUUACCGAGGAUCGAUUGCCGGCUGCAUGGUCUAUUAGUAUGGGACUUUAUGAACCCGACAACAUUCAGAAGGUGAAACAGAAGGCGCGCGACCAAGCAAAUGGAGACCUUAAUUUGGGAAUAGCGCAAUGGGCGCAGUUUGUGGAACACGAUCUUAGCAAGCCCGUUUCACAAUCUAUGAGCAAUGGAUCUCCGAUAGAGUGUUGUAACCGUGAUCAAAAUAAACUUCAACCAAGACACAAUCAUCCGGCCUGUGCGCCAAUUAUAUCCCAGGUCAGCGGGAAUUACGGCAGGCCAAACUGUCUAAAUUAUGUAAGGAGCGCCCUUGCGGUCGGACCGACUUGCAACUUUGGCGGCGCUGAACAGCUAAACCAGGCCACAGCAUACUUGGAUUUGUCCCAACUAUAUGGCUUCACGCCUAUAGCCGAGAGGAAGAUGAGAACAUUCGUUCGCGGAACACUGAAGUCAACAUCCAAUGGUUCACACCUAAAUGACCUUCUGCCAAUGACCGCCGAUACGGACGACGAGGGACACUCGUUCUGUGCAUGGGGGGCAAGUGCAAAUGCAACAUGUUUUGCGGCAGGCGACUCUCGGGUUAACAGCAAUCCUUACUCCAUAUUGGUUUACACAAUCUUCAUGCGCAACCAUAACCGCCUUGCCGCCGAGCUGCUGGUGCGAAAUCCAGACUGGAGCGAUGAGCAGCUUUUUCAGUCGGCCAAGACCGUGAAUGUGGAUAUCUACCGACGCGUGAUCAUGAGGGAGUGGCUGCCGGAAGUGCUCGGAUCGCGACUGGCCUCAGAGGUACUGGCUACGUCUCCACCAAUCAGUCGCCAAAACGCUCCUGAGAUAUCUAACGAGUUCGGAGUGGCUGCCAGCCGCUUCUACUUCUCGAUGCUACCCAACGAGCUCCAUAACCUGGUCAAAAAUGGUGACGAUGACUAUGUUCGAAACAAAGUGCUGCCUCCAACUAACCUUUUCGUGCUGAAAGAUGAAAUUUUCAGACCCCGACUUCAGUACACGGCAAAAAAGCUAGACGAAAUCCUUUAUAGUGUACUCAAUCAGCGUGCCAUGAAAAUGGAUUCCUCAUAUGCGGGUGAUGUCGUUUGGCACGAGAGCACGAAACCAACACAUGCUGAUAUUCUAGCCUUCGAUGUUCAGCGAGGCAGGGACCACGGUCUCCAACCCUAUUAUAAAUACUUGGAACUGUGCAGCCACAUUAAACAAGUGACAGACUGGAGUGAUUUCGAACAAUUUAUACCCAAAAAUGUGUUGGAUAAGCUAAAAAACAUAUAUGCUAGCUGGACUGACGUGGACCUAAUUGUGGGCGGUAUUGCAGAGCGGCCUUUGAACGGAACUGUCGGUGCCACCUUCAGCUGCAUACUUUCCGAGCAAUUUGCGAAGGUGCACCAGCGACAUCUGCAAGAACCAGAUCUCCCGCCCUGGGCCGCUUCGUUGUUGGAGGAGUAUCGUUACAUGAACGGGAGCAAGCUCUUGUGCCUCAACUCUGAAUUGAGGGCCACGCCGCAGAACAUCUUCCAGUUGCCUUCCGCAAGCAAUCUACUGAUCGAUUGCGACAAUGUGGUCUAACGGAUGGCACAAAAAGAGUUGCCCCCGAGCAUCCGGAUGAUUUAAGAUGUUGUUACUAAGCUCGUAUAAUCAUGAACUAUGUAUUUUGAUACUUUUAAUGGACCUAUACGUAUGAAACAGGACCUAUAUCUAAAA